AUGAGCAAUAAAGGUGCAACGAAUGAAAUUAAUCACAUAAUGGAUGCGGCUUCGUCAAAUACAGCAAAAUCAAUUAUGGCUGAGGACGUGCAGACGAUUAAGCCUGUCAAUGCAAAACAGGAUUUUACAAAGGCCGAGUUACUUAAAUUGUUGAGUUAUAUGGAAGGUGAAUUGCAGGCUAGGGAUAUUGUUAUUGCUGUACUUAAGUCUGAAAAAGUGAAGAACCUUGUUAACAUAGCAGCUUAUGGAGCACCAGUCGAGAAAGUGAAACUCAAUGAUCCACACGCAGCAUUAUUUCGUGAUAGUCUCGCCCUAUCGGGUAAUGUAGCUAGUCGUCAUACGUCUGCCAUAGCCGCACAGUCAGAGCGUGAUGCUCGUGAGUUGUGCGAACAGCAAUUGCUUGUGUUGAGUCAAAAGGUUGAUCAACAGCGUCAAACGCAUGCAAAAAUAAUCAACUUAUUAAAAUUUACACGUGACAAGCAUUUAAAAGUGAUGCAGGAGCUUGAGGAGGAGAAAAAGAAGAAUACAUUAGAUGUUCCAAAAAGUACGUCCAAUGCUGAGCAAUCAAAAUUACAAGAGAAAUUAACCGAAUCGGAAGUAUCAAAAGAGCAGCUUAAAAAUGAAGUAAAGAAGCUUAAAGAGUCGCUGGAAGCAGAACGAACUGAACAUAAAGAAAUAGUCAUAUACUUAAUGGAGGAGCGGAAGAAGAUGAACAUGAUGAGAAAUGAGGAACGAAAGAGAAGUGAAGAUUUGGCACAGAUUUUAAGUGAAGAGAAACAGCGAGUUGACACAAUUGCUGAUGGACUUGAGGAAGAGACCAAGAAGUCAUUGAGAUUAGAAGCUGAGAUGGAGAAACAGUCGCAGGUUCAUGAUCAGGAGCGAAAGAUGAUGUUAAGGAAUGUUGCUUUAGAAGAGAAGAAAGUAAAAGAUCUCGAGACCGAGAUAACAAGAUUAAGAAUAGAAAAUGAAGCUUUAAAGAAGUCAGCUAUGGCUGGCGGUGCAAAUCCAAUGAGUGUAGCUAAAGUCAUUCAGCCAACGGCAACAGUCUCAAGUGUUCCUGUUUCUGGACCAACAACUGGAAUAGCACGAUCAAUAUCUCCUGGUCAAGUGCUACGUCAAGAGCCAAACUCAUCGCCAAUAGCCACAGGUUCAUCAAAUGUUGCAACAAUAAUUCGAGCGCAUAGCGUUCAAGGAGGACCACCUCAGCCACCAGUGAAGAAAUCAACAUUUGGGAAUUCUAAUGUAGCGCGAGUUGCGCCACCAAUUCCACCGAAUAAACCAGUAAUUAAUAAGAAUGCAAACACAGUAGCUGCAAAUAGAUCGAUCUCCUUCCUACAGUCGGGUACCGUACCGGGUGUGUCAUCGGCAGCUCAAGCAAUUGCUUUUCUAAUCAAUAAUUUUUUAAACCAUCUACGAGUUAUCUUUUUCGUAUUGAUAAUACUUGAAAUAAAUUGCAAAGGAUAUUAUAACGAACUUUAUAACUUUACAAAUAAUUAG